AGGUUUCUGGAAACAGUGUCUAUUGCGUGUAUGUUUGACAUCAUGGUGAUAUAUUAUGUGAAUAUUACGAUGAUUUGAUUUUAUAGAAGCUAUAAAAUGUAGUUUUUAAAAAAAAUCACGGCGUAGUCACCCAGAUUCUAUCAUACCAGCCAUGAUAUGACGCAUAUGGAAUUUGGUUCUUUUGGCUUGAAUAGUCAUGGCUAAGGAUCAAAUUCAGGUGCUAAAUGCGCUUGAUGUGGCUAAAACACAAUGGUACCAUUUCACUGCAAUCAUCAUAGCUGGUAUGGGAUUCUUUACAGAUGCCUAUGAUCUGUUCUGUGUAUCCCUUGUUACAAAGUUGCUCGGUCGCAUAUACUACCACGUUGAUGGUGCUGCGAAGCCCGGUACAUUGCCUCCCAAUGUAUCAGCUGCUGUGAAUGGUGUAGCUUUCUGUGGAACACUUUCAGGGCAACUUUUCUUUGGCUGGCUUGGUGAUAAGAUGGGCAGGAAAAAAGUCUAUGGUAUGACCCUCAUGAUGAUGGUUAUCUGUUCAAUUGGUUCUGGUCUUUCUUUCGGACACACUCCAAAGUCUGUCAUGACAACCCUUUGCUUCUUCCGGUUCUGGCUUGGGUUCGGUAUUGGUGGUGACUACCCACUUUCGGCUACCAUAAUGUCGGAGUAUUCUAAUAAAAAGACUCGUGGGGCCUUCAUUGCAGCAGUCUUUGCCAUGCAGGGUUUCGGAAUUUUGGGAGCUGGUAUAUUUGCAAUCAUAAUUUCAUCUGCAUUCAAGGCCAGGUUUGAUUCUCCGUCUUACGAGGUUGAUCCAGUUGGUUCAACUGUUCCCCAAGCAGACUACAUUUGGAGGAUAAUUGUGAUGGUAGGAGCACUCCCGGCUGCAAUGACUUACUACUCGCGGACGAAGAUGCCAGAAACUGCUCGUUAUACAGCUUUAGUUGCUAAGAACACAGCGCAGGCUGCAGCGGAUAUGUCUAAGGUUUUGCAGGUUGAGAUUGAAGCCGAACCGCAGAAAGCGGAGCCGGAAAAGGCUAAAGCAUAUGGCUUGUUCUCAAAAGAGUUCAUGAGUCGACAUGGACUACAUUUACUUGGUACAACAAGCACUUGGUUCUUGCUUGAUAUAGCAUUUUAUAGCCAAAAUCUCUUCCAGAAGGAUAUUUUCAGCGCAAUUGGUUGGAUACCACCUCCACAAACCAUGAAUGCACUUGAGGAGGUUUACAAAAUUGCUCGAGCUCAAACACUUAUUGCUCUAUGCAGUACAGUUCCAGGUUAUUGGUUUACCGUGGCUUUCAUAGACAGAAUAGGAAGAUUUACCAUCCAAUUGAUGGGAUUCUUCUUUAUGACUGCCUUCAUGUUUGCUCUUGCCAUUCCUUAUGAACACUGGACUCAUAAGGAAAACCGAAUAGGAUUUGUGGUGAUAUAUUCCUUGACCUUCUUCUUUGCAAAUUUUGGGCCUAAUGCUACAACAUUUGUUGUGCCAGCAGAGAUUUUUCCAGCUAGAUUCCGAUCAACUUGCCAUGGAAUAUCAUCCGCAUCGGGUAAGCUUGGGGCUAUGGUUGGUGCAUUCGGGUUCUUGUAUUUGGCACAAAACAAAGACAAGAGUAAAGCAGAUGCAGGGUACCCUGCAGGUAUUGGUAUGAAGAAUUCAUUGAUUCUGUUGGGAGUUUGUAACAUUUUGGGGUUCUUGUGUACUUUCUUAGUACCCGAGGCAAAUGGAAAAUCUUUAGAGGAAAUGUCAGGUGAGAAUGAUGAGGAAGUUGGAAGCAAAGAUGAUGUAGAGAAAUCUCAUGCUCAAAAUAACAACACUGUUCGAUAGAUUUAGGUUUUGUUUAUGUAGUAUAAUGCUAUUGUAGUCUAGUAGUAGUACCUUACAUUUGGUAGGGGAGCACUUAAGCUUUUUCCUUCCUCUCUUCAAAUCUUUCUGUCAAAUUUUGCCGGAACAUUAUCAAAAGAGGAACUUAGGAACCAUUAGUUCUGCCAAUAAUGGCAAAUGCUUUAGUGUAACCAUUUGAGUGUAGAGUAUUUGCUAUUUCAAUAAGCAGUUUUGCUAAAUGACUUAAUUUUUUAUGCUUGCUUUAUUUAACUUAUUUACUCCUUGUUGUUUCAAUAUUUCUUUUUCUGAGGUCUCCAAGGAAAACACUAGUGUCAGGGAAUUUGUG